AUGGCGACUUCCUGCGCGCAUGAUGACCAUGCGCAUGAUAGCGCUCUCAAUGACAACGAUAAGGAUGAUGAUUAUAAUGAGAUGGACUUUGCAUUUGAUCCGACACUAGCCUCAUGCUGUGAACGUGAUGAGUACGAGUAUAAAAAGAUCAUGAAGCUUAAGGCAGUGCUGACGGCGCACGACCCCACGUCUGGAGCUGUGCGGAUGCGCCAACAACUUUUCCAGCCGCCACCAGUGAUCAGCACUAUAAAGUCACAGAAAUUGGUAAUGGAACAGGAAAGGUUGCAGUUACAUCAUGUGUCCCUGUCAGACUCGGACGACUUUGAUGACAGCGAUGACGAGUUUGGGAUGGACACGAUGCUUGCAGUGCGACGUAAACAGCUCGAACAGCAGCUUCAAAAGGCAGCACAGGACGCUGCUGAUGGGUACAGUGUGGUGCUGGAUUCAGAUCUAUGUCAUCUUGUCCAGGAAUUGCGGGAUGAACCUGAUGUGCCUCGAGUGGCGCUUGUGGUUGAUAGCAACGCGAGCAUGAAGCCAGAGUUCAUGCAAGUCAUGCGCAGUGAAAUGACUGCUAUAGCACAGAAAUUUCUGGGCACCAAGUUGUACGUGGUAAUGGCAUCACGUGAUGAUGAUGAUGUGCUGCGACAACUGCGACUGCCUGUUGUGUCUUCUUUAGCGGCAUUUAGCCGUGGUGAGCUCGUAAGUUCCAUUGUUCUGGACCCAAACAUAUUGGUCACAGAAGUAGAAGUGCUCUGGGAAGCACGCUAUUUGCCAUGGCUGACCAAGUGCUGCGUGCUGACCAGUGAGCGAAUUGCUCAGCGGACUACUCGGAACAACCCGAGCAGAAGAAAAACUGCGGACGAAGAUGAGAAGGAACAGUUAGGCUUUGACUGUGGGAUGGAAGGCUGCCGUCUCCGGUUUGGAUACACACAUGAGCACGUCGGGACGUCUCAGCAAACAAAGGAUGAAAUUGCUGCAUGGCGUCAGGCCCACGAAUAA